UUCAGGAGGUUCCUGUUCAGCCCACUUCUCCAGCUUGUUGAGGUAUUUAGGACACAGUUGUUAAUGGAAGAAUUCAUGUACAAGUACAAAAUAAGACGGGCAAUCUAAUCUUUGAGGAGAUGGCAGGAUUCCUAGACAACUUCCGGUGGCCAGAAUGUGAGUGUAUUGACUGGAGCGAAAGACGAAAUGCCAUUGCUUCAAUAGUUGCAGGCGUGUUGUUUUUCACAGGUUGGUGGAUAAUGAUAGAUGCUGCAGUAGUUUACCCUAAGCCAGAACAAAUGAACCAUGCGUUCCAUACCUGUGGGGUGUUUUCAACACUAGCUUUUUUCAUGAUAAAUGCUGUAUCAAAUGCACAGGUGAGAGGAGACAGCUACAGUGACGGAUGUUUAGGAAGAACAGGUGCUCGUGUCUGGCUCUUCAUCGGCUUUAUGUUGAUGUUUGGUUCACUUAUUGCUUCAAUGUGGAUUCUUUUUGGAGCAUACGUUACACAGAACACUAAUGUUUACCCUGGAUUAGCAGUGUUUUUCCAAAAUGCGUUGAUAUUUUUCAGUACUCUGAUCUACAAGUUUGGAAGAACAGAAGACUUGUGGGGAUGAGAGCUCACAUAUAGCAUUGUCUAUUCCAUAGUUGCUAUGUUGUACUAUGUAUGUAGAUAUAUUUACUUUUAUUUGUUCUUGUUUUGCUUUCUAAAUUGUAUGAACGGAGACAAAUUACAGUUUCUGUAAUAAGCUCCCUCUUUUCACAGGACAGAUUUGUGAAUAUGUACAUAUGACUGUAUAUAUCUUAAAAAGGGAAUGUCAGGCUUUCUUUCUGAAAUCCUCAGGCUUAUGUCUUCUAACACGUGGGUUUCCAGCAACUCCUACAACUCGAUCUUCCAAACCUUCACGUGCGUCAGAGACUUCAGUGGAACUGUUGGCGAACAAGCGGGUAGAGCCUGUACCCUGUAAAAGGGGUUGCUACCUUCCCGCAAAGGUGAGCUAGAGCCAAUUUUUGCAAGGGCUGACCGCAAGGGCUGCCGGUGUAACCCGACGGAGUAGUCAGUGCAUAGAAGUGACCCAGCUAAGCCUGCAUCUAAUGAGGGUAAAUUCUACUGUAUGCUGAGAUAAGAACUGAUUUUAAGAAUUUUAUAUAACUGUUCAGAAAAAUAAAAGGUAGCUACUUUUUUUUAAAGGGUUAUGAAUUUUUAAACAGGGCCCUAGACUAAGUGGCUUCUGCAUGGCAAAUCAAACUGUUCUUGACUUCUGAUUGCUAUAGCACAAACGACAUUUGGUAGCACCGCAGUCCUUAGAAUUAAUUUCAUGCUGUUCAUUGUAAUAGAUACCAAUUAGUAUUUAACGUACGUACUGAUGCUAGAAUUAAAAAAAAAAAAAAAAAAUCAAACUGAUGCCAGUCAUACUUAAGGAAUAUAAAGAAUAAAUCAGAGUCAGACUAACAUCUUUCAAAUGAUGCUAGCGUAAUUUUCCUCAGGGGAAGCUUUUUGCUGAUAAAUGAACAGUUAUCCUGCUAGCCAUUACCUUUUCUGUUUAAAAGGUGAGCAUUUCAAGUGGAGAUAUAUUUAUUGCUCACAAUCUUACCUUGAAAUAAUUGCCAGUUUUAGGACUGCCAUUUGCCCCAGUUAAAAUGUAUUUAUCUCCUAAAUUUCACGGGCACUUUAUGGGAAUGCUUCCAUUAUUGAAACCCAGUUUCUUCUAGCUGGAGUAUACAGAGAGGGAGAACAGUGAUGUUUUACAGCUGCGGACUGAUCUUGUGGAUUCAUCUUGCUGGCGGCGACUUCCUUGUCUCAUGAGUUCUAUGUGGUUUUUAAAGCGUUCAAAUCUGCCUUGCGUCUAAAAGCUUUUGUAACUUUCCAUGUAUCAAGACUGCUGACCAAAUGGUAGCGAACUGCAGACCAUAACUUCUGUGUGUGGUUACUGUAUGCUGUUAGUCAUCUAACUGCUCCCUUGUGGGAAUCUCUCCAGUGGACAGAAUAUGAAGCAAAUACUGUGGCUGAAAUUGUGCUACUGGCUAGAUUAACUUCAUCCCCGUUUCACCAUCCUGCAGUGAGUUCCGAUACAGUCACUGGUGCUUAUCACAGCGUUGUACAUCAGUUGACUGUUGGGUUGUAAUUUCAGAAAACUGCAAUAAACUUGCUCUUACGUUUGCAAAAUAGUGAAGCUCAUUUUAGGUAAAACACCUUGGCCUGCUACAGCACCAGUUGUGAAGACAGCCCUUGAGUUACUCCUAACAAGAGGUUUUUAAUCUUGGCCUGUUUGUGUAACU